AUCGUUCCCCAAUCCGUUCUCCGCCCUAUAAAGACACCCUCUCCCUUUCUGUCUCCCUCACACACUCCUCCAGCGAUUGCACAACUAGAAGUUAUCCAGCGAGUAUCCUGAGCGGCUCGACGUCAGCGAGGGCCUCCCCGCGCUCACCGGCCAACCGCCCGGCACCUUUUGAGCGUACACACUGUGUGGCUUUGUUAGCUAGCCGGCGGGAGUCUGCAGUCUGCUUGCUCCGGCACUAGCUAGCUAGCUCAUCCCGGCCGGCCAGCGACGCAGCAGCGGCUAGGAAGACGAUGUCGAGCAGAAGGUCGUCGCGCGGCGCCAUCUCCGAGGAGGAGAUCAACGAGCUCAUGUCCAAGCUCCAGUCUCUGCUCCCCAACUCCCGCCGCCGCGGCUCCAGCCAGGCGUCGACGACGAAGCUGCUGAAGGAGACGUGCAGCUACAUCAAGAGCCUCCACCGGGAGGUGGACGACCUCAGCGACCGGCUGUCGGACCUCAUGUCGACCAUGGACCACAAUAGCGCCGAAGCGGAGAUCAUCCGCGGCCUCCUCCGCUCGUGAUCGUACUACAGCGCCGGCCGGUCGAUCGGCGAGAGCUCAACCGCCAGGACAAUUAAGCGGCGGCGGCGACAUGGGUCUCUCCGGCCAGCCGGACACGUACGAGAGCUUUGCUUAGCUAGGGUAUAUAUAUCGUCCUCCACAUAUUUAAAUAUGUACCGUCUCUUUUCUGCUCCCUUUCUGCCUAGAUCUGAUCGUGUAGAUCGAAAAAUGUACUACGUGUCUCUAAGCUUCACUCCGUCUGUACUACGUAGGGCAUUAGCUUAGCUAGCGUUCCUACCUUGGGCCAAAGCUUAUCCUCGCGCGCUGGCUGCUGCUUGAGCUAAUCUCUCGAUCGUCUCCUCCGUGUGCUGCUUCCCUCGCUAGCUCGGAGCUGGAUAGAUAGCUCCCCCCCGUCCUCCUGUCUGCCUCUUCCCCUCUUCUGUUGUCCCUUUCUUGAUCUACUACUCGAUCUGUAAAUUUAGUUGGUGGCAUUGGAUCGAGUUGUGUCCUCUAUAGACAACCGACCGACCACUACUACGGUACUACUACUACUACCUAGAGCAAAUUAAUAUCAUCGUCAUGUUGUACCA